AUGGCCGCGAUGGGUCGUCUUCUCAACAAGGUCGCCAUCGUAACGGGUGCUUCAUCCGGAAUCGGACGAGCAAUUGCAUUGAGGUAUGCCGCUGAAGGCGCAUAUGUUGUCUGUGCAGAUCUUGAUCCUGCGUCGAAAGAUCCCGAAGACACCAGGCCGACGCAUGAAGCCGUGAAUCAAACAUACCCCGUCCCGCAAGGAAACGGAGCCUCUCAGGAGAACGGGAUUCCCUCGCAGCGUUCAAUCUUCCUCAAGACAAAUGUUACUUCGGCAUCAGAAAUGGAAAGCCUCGUGCAAGAGAGCGUGAAGACAUUCGGGCGACUGGAUAUCAUGGUCAACAACGCUGGCGUUGCCAACGACCCGAACUACGGGCCUGCUCGCCUCCAUGAAACCCCGGAGUCAGCUUGGGACAAGAUCGUAGGGGUGAACGCCAAAGGGACUUGGCUAGGAUGCAAAUACGCCGUCACCCAGAUGCUCAAGCAAGACCUCCAUCCCAACGGCGAUCGGGGCUGGAUCGUCAACAUGGCUUCAAUCCUUGGAUUUGUCGGAACCACUGGGACCAGCCCAUACUGUUCAUCGAAGGGUGCCGUGGUCCAAAUGACCAAAGCAAUAGCAUUAGAAUACGGACACGAGGGCAUGUAA